AUGCUAAACUUGAGUGCAUAUAAAGCUUUGCAUCCUGCCUGGAACCAGGAGCCUGACCUUUUGCACCUCGCCGAAGGGCUUGAGGAGCAAUGCCAGGAGGGCACCUUGGAACACUGGGUCCUUUUUAAGUCUUUGGAGGCCACUGAGAUUCAGGAUCACAGCCUUGAGACCUGGGCCCGCAUCGCUCGUGCUUCUGAGGACUUAGUUCACUCUUUUUCCUCGGGUCAGCCUCGUACUUUCAAGUUUGUCUCGGCAAAUGUGACUUCCUGGAGACCUGAACUUAGGCAGUGGCUGGUCUUUCACCAGUUUGAUGUGGCCUUGAUUCAGGAGCACCACCUUUCGGAGAGGGCCUUUCAUGCUGAAACGGUGGCCCUCGCCAAGGCAGGCUACCAUGUCCAUGGCCAGCAUUCCCCUGUUCGCAAGCGGGAGAUUGGGGGUGUGAUGGUGUGUGUUAAGUCGCAUUUGCAGGCCAGGCACGUUCACACUUUUCAGGAUCCUGAAACGGGCUGUGGUUUCGUAGCUGUCGCUAUUCGGGUGACGGGUUUCGACCUAGCCCUCUUGUCGCUGUAUCUUGAGUCAGGCAGCACUUUUGAAGGCCGGGCCAAUACCUUGGUCCUGUCCAAUAUGUAUGCAGUGGUUGCCUCGCUCAAGUGCCCGUGGUGCGUGGUUGGAGACUGGAACCUAGAUGCUUGUGAGGUCCUCGCCACCAGGCUUGAGGACCUCACAAAGGGUCGGUUACUUGGUACUGGGAUGCCUACUGCAGGCACCGCAGCCGAGCUGGACUAUGCACUGGUCCACCCCCGGUUGGCCUCGCAUCUUUCGCUUGAGCUUGCCUGGGAUGUUCCCUUUAAGCCCCAUGCGGCGCUUAAGUGCACCCUUCCUCUUAAGUCUUUGCAGGACCUCCAGCCAAAUUUGCGCUCCAUCACUGACUCCUUUGACCCUAUUCUUGACGACCAGCGCAAUUUGCAACCCCCGGUUGUGUCACCGCAGAGGGUCACCCUCCUGGAAAUCGAGGCUUGUGACCCCGCCUCCCUCGCCUUUGCGGAGUUUUCUGCCACCGCUGAGGCCUCAGGUUUACUCGGUAGGACCAUGGGCAGGGGGGUAAACUUGCCGACGAUUCGUCAGCCGGCCGUGUCGCAACCCCCCAAUGACUACCAGUGGUUUGGUCACGAGCACGCUGUCUGGUCCCAGCUCGCAGGCCGGUUCAAGGCUGGGGGGCCGCCCAAUGAAACCCUUUCCCUGCUCUCCAAGCUCGGCCCUGAGCAUCAUCAAUGGGCAGACGAAGCCCGGGACACUGUUUCAAAUCAUCGUGACCUCGCUGCCCUGAGGUCCCAUGCUGAGGCGCAGGCCAAGCUUGCUAAGACCGCUCAGCAGGGAGCGCAGGCGGAGUCAUAUCAACAAUGGCUGUUUGGAGCCCUGUCGGCUGGCAUGGGGCCGGUGUAUCGUGCUCUUAAAAGCCACGAACAGACUCUCGCCCGGCCCUUUCGGGACCAGUCGGCCCUUGCCCGGGCUUACUGUCGCAUGGAGUUCUGGAGCCGCAUCUGGGAUGCGUCAAUUGUGCCGCCGCAGCCUCACCUGUCUGCAGAGCGCCUCGCCUUAAGGGCUGAGGCCCUGCAGCAGGCGCAGGAUCUGUCACCGCUAUCUUGGGAGCAGGUCAAGACAGCGUGCCUGGCCACGGGCAACAAGAAGGGAGGCCUUGAUGGUUGGUCGUACAAGGCUCUGCGUAACCUCCCUGACUUCUGCUACCGACAGCUUGCGGGGCUCUUUCGUCUUGCUGAGACGGACCUUACUUUGCCGCUUCAAAUGCUUACGGUGCAGGUCGCCCUUCUUGCAAAAACCCCAGAAAAAGAGCGCCCCAUAUCUCUCACAUCGGUCCUUUGGCGAGUGUACAGCAAGCUGCGACGCCCGCUCCUGGAGAGCUGGUUAAAGGAGUACGCGGCCUUUGCCCCUUUCGACUCCGCCACCCCAGGACACACUUCCCUUGACCCAGCACUUUCUCGCUUGAUCAAGGCAGAAGAUCAUAAAUUUCGCAAAGUUACUUUCAUAACUUUGUUCGUUGAUCUUGAAGGUUUCUAUGAUGGGGUAGAUUUUUCUCGACUGAUAUCACAGGGCAAAGCUUUGUCAUUUCCACCUUUGCUUUUGGAACUUAGUCUUCAGCUUUACAAUGGGCCUCGUUGUCUCCAUGGCGAGGGGGUCAGCACUGUUGCUUUGUGGCCCCAGAGGGGCAUCCUUCAGGGGUGCCCGUACGCACCCACGGUUGCAAAACUCACCACUCAUGCUCCGCUGCAGGGCAUCUCCCAGCACCGUGGGGUCAGCCAUGCUGAUUUAUGGCUUGAUGACAUCAGUGUCGAUGUGUCUCAUGCUGACCCGGAGGUUGCGGCCUCUUUGGCCCUGUCGGCCUCCAGGAAAUUGGAGGCCCUGCUUUCCGUUGAGAAGCUUUGCGUUAACAAAACCAAAACCAAGUUUGUUGUCAAUAGUGCCAAGGCGGCCAAAGCACUCAACAGUAUGCGUGUUGAAGGCGAUCCUCAGGUUGCUGACUUGGUCCGGGACCUUGGACUUGACUCGGCAGGUGCCAAGCGCAGAAGGGUUACGCAUGCUUUGAAACGCUUCAAGGUCGGCCGCGCCCGAAACCAGAAACUUCACCAACUUGGCACAGGCUGCAAAGCCCACAAAUUGUAUGCCACUUCCAUUCUUACGGCCGAGAUCUAUGGUUGCCAGGGACAGGGCUUGUCCCCCAAAAGGCUCAAGGUCGUUCGCGCAUCCAUCUCCAGGCAUGUUGGGCGGUCCAAGUGGGGCUCUGUCGACGUGUCUCUGGACUGUAUGUCCUUUCGUUGCCAAGACCCAUUGUUGACAGUUGUCCUUGCGCAGGCUGAUGCUUUGUAUAAAAUGUUCGGCCCCUCCACGGCACAAGGCUGGGAAAUCCUAGCCCGCACCUGGAAGGUGGCCUGGACUCGCCAAGAGGCGGCCGUGCAUGGAUGGAAGUGUGUUGCAGGCCCGGUUGCUGCUAUGGUGCAGUAUUGUAUUGAUUUGCGCAUCAAUGUCAGUGAUCCUCUGCGCUGGGUUCAUAGCAGCGGGGUUCUUCUGCUUGAUGUCACCAACCCUGGCCUUUUCCUGUCAGUUCGCCGCUUUCUCACUCAGGUUGUUGCCCUUGAAAGGGCUUCCCGCUUUGGUGCAGUCCUCACGGCCCAAGGUGCCCAGCAAGGAGUUGACUGGUCAGUCCACCGAAAGCUCUUGAAGGUUUCCAAGCUUUCAUCCCCGCGAUGGGCCUUUCACGCCGUGUGGCAAGGACGCCUUCUUCCGCCGGGCAGCACGGUGCCUCAGGGGGAGUCCCUCGCAAUCAUUGAAGCCCUCAAGGCCUUUGAGGCUGAAUUCCCUGGUCAGCUUUGGCGCCGCGAGCUCAAUGCCAAAGCAGACACUCUCGCAGGGUUGGUGGAGCCUCCACCCGAUCUAUUGCCAGUGCUUUUCAAUCUGCCAGCACCUUCGGUCAACCCUCCAGCUGGGCCCGUCGCCUCCUCUGCAGCGGCUGCCCCAAGGUUGCCGGAGUGCCAAGGCGAGGUCACUCAGUCCACAGGCAUGCCAGCAGCUGUUCCGCCAGUGAAGCCCAAGGCCCAAGGCCUGCUAAGCAUGGCGCCCAAGCAAGAAGGGCGGCACAUAUCCACGCAACUCCGCCGUGAGGAGCGGGGAUUAUCAUGGAAAUCAGCGGCGACGAUAGACCGACAGCGGGGCCGUAAGAAAGCCCGCAAGCAGAAGAAGCGCCGCGAACAAUAUGAGCACGCUGGCAGGAGAACUGAGGAGGCUUGGCCGCCCCCACCACCUCCACCAGGACCUCGUGCGGAGGCGAGACAUCGUGAAGAUGAAGAGCUGCCGUACGACUUGGAGGAGCCCUCGCCUUCAGGGCUGAGGGCUCCCUCCACUGCGGCUGCUUCCAGCAGCCAGGGCCCAGCACGGGAGGAGCCCUCGCCUUUAGGGCUGAGGGCUCCACCCCCUACCGCUGCUGCAUCCAGCAGCCAAGGCUUACCUUUGCAACGACUUCCAGAAGCUGAAGAGCCACCGGUGGACCAGGACGACUCCAGCAACUGUCUUCAAUCUGACAGCAGUGAGACACCACAGCCUGCAGUCGCGCUGAAAGAUCGCCCAAGUGACUUUGGCCCUCUUCUUCAUGAGGAUGGCCUAAUCACUUUCUUAUGUGCAGCUGCGCCCCAGGUGAAGCAUCCGGUGAACCACUACCAGUGCCUUCCGGAAAGCCUUGAAGUUUACCAUGACUUUGUCACUGGUGGGCGAACAAAAGCUGCUCGAGCGAGACGGCUGGGUUUCGGAAAGUCCCGGACAGUUUACGUUGACCCUGGCUCCUCGGAACACGUUCUGAAGUUGGCGCCGCCACAAGGCCACGGGCCAGAACCGGAAGCUUGGAGACGGCUCCCUCAUAUAGUGCCGUGCACUUUGGAUGCGGGUAUUCACCUGCUCACGCUUUCUUGGAAGAGCUGCUAUGAUAUCAUCCCCACGCAUGUUUUGAGGCAGUCUAGGCUCACCCCACUUUCGGUGUGGAGGCCAGCUCCGCCGGACCUUGAUAUGGUCCGCUACAUGAUGGCACUGGCUGCGGAGGCCUCCCGUUUCUACAAUCUCAAGGAUCUUGGCUUUUUCAACUUUGGUGUUGAUGCCCGUGGCUUCAUUAUGAUGUGGGACACCGCAGACUGGCUUCCAUGGGAGGGUCAAAGGGCACACUGGCCGAACAGACAGCGUGCCUCGGCUUUCUGGAGCGCGGUCAAGAGGAGUGUUCCAGACCACUUUCAGGAGCUACUCCAGCUUGUCAGCAACGCCUCGCCUGAGGAGGUGCUGCAACGGCUACGACCACUCCUUACGCAGCACUACAAGUGGUGCCUGCUACAGCAGGGAGUUUUCCUUGGUGACUAG